CGAUCUCCCAUCUCCCCCCCAGCUAUCUUACUUUUUCCUCCUCCUCUCGUCUCCACUGCCGCCCCGCUCGAUACGGCUGGUGGCGCGUUGUUUUCUUCGCCCUCUUCGCCCGCCGUGUAGAAAGCGGCUGGGGUAGUAGGACCGAUCGGUAGCCGUUGCCCCGCCGCUACGUACCUCGAGGUACCUGGCUUCAAUUCCAUGGUGUGUCUGGCUUGGAAGGUGGAUUAGCCGCCGGGCGUGAGGGUCAGCCAUGGACGCCGGGGUUGGCGGCGGCGGCGGCGGUGCGGGCGUGAGCGCCGCCGCGGCCAGCGGCUCGUACGGGCUCGUCCGCACCGUGGUGGGGUACUCGACCUCGCCACUCUUCUUCUGGCUUCUCACCGUCGUGCUCGUCGCCGCGAUCCACAUCGCCUCCGGGUCCACGUCCUCCAGGAGUGAUGAGGAGGAGAGGGAGGAGAAGAAGAAGAAGAUGGAGGCGCGGCGCGAUGCGUUCGCCGCUGCCGAGGAGAGGGAGGUGUCCGGCAGGGGCGAUGACCGGGUUCUGGAGAUGAUGCGCAGUUUCAGCUUCAUGCAAGCGACCGAGGAGGAUUUCAUGGAGGGCAUGGCCUCGUACGAGUACAGCCACGUCGACUCCGGCAAGGCGCCCGAGCUUGUUGCGCCCGAGCCGUUUGCGCCGUCGCCGGCGUCCACGAGCCUCAGCUUCAAGUUCCAGCACCAGAUACCCGAAAUUCCGCGGGAGGCGGCGCUGGUUUCGAGAGAGUUACCAGCCCAAGUACAGGGAGAACAAGACCUGCAGGAAGAGAAGGCGCCGUCAGUUCUUUUGGAAUCGGCGGGCAAGCAUGAACAUGAACCGGCGGUCAAGCGCGAACAUGAGGUUGAAGCAGAGGAAACAGAGCUCGUGUUGGAAGAACAUGUGGAACUGCAGAGGAGGAAGGUUAUGGAGCAGACUGCGCCAUCAAUGGUCGUCGCGACCACGCACAACUACCAGUUCUUGACGGAGCGCGACUUCCGUGGCUUCGUCAGGGAGCCGGAGGCCAUGACGGUGCGCGUCCAGGAGUCUUUCAUGCCGGCGUCGCCGCCGGCGCCGCCGGCGCAGCACGAGGAGCGACGAGUGGUCAACAUCGUCCCUCGCAGCGGCGGCUUCCUCACAGAGAGAGACUUCCAGCCGGCGGACGAGCCCGACGUGCGCGACAGAGCGGCGUCACCCGGGAUGAGGACGCCGUCGCGGAGCCGGGAGCCGGCGAACUCGACCGACGUGUGCGAGAGCGUGGCGUCGUCCGGGAAGAGGACGCCGUCGCGGAACCGGAAGCCGGCGGACGAGCCCGACGUGUGCGAGAGCGUGCCCUCGUCCGGGAAGAGGACGCCGUCGCGGAGCCGGAAGCCGGCGAACUCGCCCGACGUGUGCGAGACCGUGGCGUCGUCCGGGAAGAGGACGCCGCCGCAGACGCGGAAGCCAGCGAGCUCCCCGUCCGUCGCGUGCAAGGGCAGCGCCGUCGGCGCGAGUAUGAGCUUCGCGUCGGAGUUCUCCGGCUUCGGCGACUCCGACUCCGAGUCCAGCGCCAGCGACGGGUACUCGGUGAAGGACCUCGUCGUCGACUCCGACAGCGACUGGUUCCUCUCGGAGAAGGACUUCCCGGCAUCUGCGCGCGACUCCGGCAACCUCAAAAAUUACAAGGCCAAGAUGCUUAAGGCCAUCGAAGCACUGGAGGCGGUGGCCACGCUGGAGCAGUCUUACCAGGACUCGGCGACGACGGUGUCGCCGGGUUCGGUCGGCCAGGGCUCGCCGGACACCAUUCCCGAUGGCUCGCCUAAGUUCCCUGAAGACAUGUGGUCUCGCAGUCCCUCACCGGACGUUGAGUACAAAGAGGACGAGGACAAGGUAUCGAGGGAAGCUGAAGCACAGAAUGACGAGGACGUCGAACAGAGAAGCACGGCAGAAGAGGAGGGGAGCGUCGACAUGUGUGACGACGAGCACUCGCCGAAGGGCAAGAAGAUAGAACCGGCACCAGUCUAUGAUCUGGCUCCUGUUGCUGACAAGAGUAUGGAUCAUUCAGAGAAGGAAACCAUCACUCUGAAUGAUUACUCAGGUGAAGCUUUUUCUGAUACUCAGAGAAGUCCAGAGGCAGUCUCUGCGAAAGAAGUAGCUGCUGUAUCAUCAGAUCAAGUUGCCGGCCCAGCCAAUAGAAGCCAUGAGCCAUCAGAGAAGGAAGAUGUUGGUUCGGUUGAUCAUUCACUUGAGCACAGUUCUGAUGAGAGGAGAGAAACUUCCAGUGAAAGUGGUCAGUCAUAUGAAAUAGUUUUCGACGACAAGAGAAGGCUAGAGCCUUUGGAGACAGGAUUCGUCGGUACAAAUGACCACUCGCAUGAACUUAUUUCUGAUGUUUGGAAAGAGAUUACCAGUAGAAAUGAUCAAACAUCUGCAGUGGCUUAUGCCAAUGAGGGAAGCCUGGAUGCAGCAGAGGAAGAAUUUGUGGGCAGAAAUGACCGCUCAAAUGAGCUUAUCUCUUAUGAGAAGAAAGUGACUUCCAGUACUACAAAUGAUCAGUCAAUUGCAGUAACUUCUGAUGAGAAGAGCAUCCCAGAGACUCCAGAGGAAGAAUUCAGUGUAAUUGACCGUCGAAAUGGAGCAGUUCCAGGCUCCAAGAACAUUCCAGAGACCAGAGAAGAUGAGGAACAAGCCACUGCAAAUGAUUACAUGGACGAUGCCGCUCGGCAAGCCUAUGUUUCAGUCACCGGGAAGGCGAAGAUAUAUGAUGAGGAAGGAGAUGAUCCGGAAGUCAAGUGGAAGGAUUUGACAGAAGAAGAGGAGGACGAACUGGAGUCACUGUGGGAGCACCAGGAUCUGAUAGAGCAGCUGAAGCUUGAGCUGAAGAAGGUGCGGUCGAUCGGGCUGCCCACGAUCCUGGAGGAGUCGGAGACACCAAAGGCGCCAAUGGAGGACCUCAAGCCGUGGAGGAUCGAUGCUAAGUUCCUCCGCGAAGAUCCUAUGGACGAGCUGAACAAGUUCUACAAGAGUUACAGGGAGAGGAUGAGGAAGUUCGACAUAUUGUGCUACCAAAAGAUGUAUGCAAUAGAUUUCCUACAGCUCAGAGGGCCGCAGCAGUCCGCCAACUCUCUGAAGUCCUUGUCACCGACGAUGACAUCCAUCCUGUCACACAAUUUCCGGUCGUCGCGCCGGAGAUCCCCCGAGGACCCGUCGGAGCGGUUUCUCAAGGAGCUCCGGUAUGAUUUGGAGAUGGUGUACGUCGGCCAGAUGUGCCUGUCAUGGGAGUUCCUCCGGUGGCAGUACGAGCAGGCCCGUGACCUGCCGGAGUCUGACCCUUACCACAGCCAUCAGUACAACCAGGUGGCCGGGGAGUUCCAGCAGUUUCAGGUCGUGGUGCAGAGGUUCGUGGAGGACGAAUCGUUCAAGGGCCCCAGGCUGCCAAACUACAUCAACAACCGUUGCGUCCUCCGCAAUCUCUUGCAAGUACCCGUGAUAAAAGAGGACAGUUUGAAGGACAGGAUGGAGGAUCAGCGCAAGGGGAACCAUGUCAUCACCAGUGAGGAGCUGGAGGAAAUCAUGGAGGAGGCGAUGCACAUCCUGUGGGAGUUCAUCAAGGCCGACAAAGUCGAGACGACACCGACAUCAGUGCUCAAGGGCUUGUCGAGCACUCACGUCGAGCUCCAGGACCCUUCAGAUCAUGAUCUUAUGGCGCACAUCCAUGCCGCAUUACAGAAGAAAGAGAAGAGGCUCAAGGAUCUCCUCCGGACCGGCAACUGCAUCGUGAAGAAGUUCAAGAAGCCCAAGGAGGACAGGUCGAACCAGAACCUCUUCUUCUCGCAGGUCGACAUGAAACUGGUGGCGCGGGUGCUGCGGAUGCCGAGGAUCACCAGCGAGCAGCUGCAGUGGUGCAAGGCGAAGCUGGACAAGAUCAUACCGGUAGAUAGGAAAAUCCACAGGGAGGCUUCAUUUUUGUUGUUCCCCUGUUGAGAGAGUACAUAUAUAUGUUCUCCUUUUUGUUCCUUGUUCUCGGUAAAAAAAAAUUAUCCUCGCCAUGUAAUCAAUCCACGGGUUUAGGAUUUUGUUUUAACCUUUUGGCAGCCCAUUCCUUUACACAGGCUCGUAAUUAUAGUUGUAACUUGAUAAACAAGACUGCCACAAACCCACGGAGUCCAUGCCCGCCAUGGUACUUACAUUACCUAGGGGCCGGUAGAAACUAUAUAAAGUGUCAUUAAUCAUUA